AUGGCCGAGAAGACUCCCGUCGUGACGGACAAGGCCCCCAAGGCACUGCCUGGCAUCUACAGCCAGGCCAUCAAGGCCAACGGGUUUGUCUUUGUCUCGGGCGCCGUGCCCAUGGAUGCCGAGUCGGGCCAGAUCAUCCCCGGCGAUAUCCAGGCACACACGCACCAAUGCAUCCAGAAUCUCACGGCCAUUCUGGAAGCUGCCGGAUCCGACAUCCUCAAAGUGGUCAAGGUGAAUGUUUUCCUCGCUAACAUGGAUGAUUUUGCCGCCAUGAACGAGGUAUACAGCCAGUACUGGGGCGAUGUCAAGCCAUGCCGAACCUGUGUUGCCGUCAAGACUCUCCCCUUGAAUGUAGAUGUCGAGAUCGAGUGCACUGCCACCUAUUAA